CUCCCCUUUCCUCUCCGCCACUUGACGGCCGGUGCCAGCCGCCUGGCAAGUUAGAUGUGGGUCUUUGGGAGCCGACGUGCAGGCGGGUGCGGCCCGACCGCCGCGGACACUUCAGCGAGGCGCUGGGCGCGCGGGCGGGGCGGGGCGGGGGGCGGUGUAGUCGCUGCUCUGCCCCCGCGAGCUGCAGCGCCGGGAGCCGCGCUCGGGAAGCGGCACCUAGUGCCAUUGGCUCGGCGAGCGGCGCUGUCGCCAGGAAGGCAGCGGCUGGCGGGGCCGGAGCGGCUGCUCCGGUAACCAAGGAGCGGGGAGAGACGCAGACACACACACGCCGGCCCCGCGCCAUGCGCCGCCGCCGCAGCCCCGCGGCCGCCUGAGGGCAGCGCCCCCGGCCCGGGCUGGUCCCGCGGGCGGGCUCGAGCGCUCGCCGGAGCACAGGACCCCCGACCCCCGCUCCCGGCUCGGCGGCUCUUGAUGGCGUCUCACCAGCAGACCCGGAUCCAAGCCUACCUGGAGAGGAACAAGAUCGGGCCCCUGUUCGAGGAAUUGAUGACCAAGCUGAUAACAGAAACACCUGACCAGCCAAUCCCAUUUCUCAUUGACCAUCUUCAGUCUAAACAAGGAAACCGCAGUCAGCUUCAGAGAACAUUGUCAGGAUCUGCUGCUCUCUGGGCAGAAAGUGAAACAUCAGAAAACAAAGGAACACGAAGAGAUUUCAGAAGUUAUGAUAAACCUUGGCAGGUUAAUGCAAAGAAGCCUAAAAAGUCCAAGAGUGACCUUGCUGUUUCCAACAUUUCUCCACCGUCACCAGAAUCCAAGUCAUUGCCAAGGUCGAUAGAGCAUCCUAAAUGGGACUGGCGGACAAAAAUAGAGAGCCGUGAUUUUGAUGAAUUAAAUCAUAUUCUACAGGAGAGUAAGAAGCUGGGGAAAGCCCUUGAGAAUCUCUCUCGCAGCAUUGCUAUUUCUGAUGAACUGGAUAAGGACACAACCGGUUUUAAUGCUCCUCUUCUAAGACCUUGUGUGAUUGGAGAAUGGAUUGGCCGUGAGGAAAACGAUGCAGAUCCGUUGGCUGCUGAAAUGUUGCAACCACCCAUACCAAGAAGUAAAAAUGAACAAUGGGACAGUGAGGAUAGCAACAGCAGUCCUGGAGGAAGCUUAAAGAUGGAGCCGAAGACCAAAGGAUUGAAACAACAGCAGCAGCAACAUAAGAAGCUACUGGCUGCUAUGCUUUCCCAGGACUCCUUUGAUUCUGUCCAAAGUACAGCUCCUUCAGUGACAGAGGAAGAUAUUGACAAUGAGGAUGAUGCAAUGGAACUGCUGGAGGAUCUUGAUGAUUUAAGAAUGGAAGGAGUAACCAGUUUGAUGUCUUCUGGGAGCAAAUUUAACCAAACUCGAAGUGCACAUCCUGUUGAACCUCAGGCAAAGGUCACACUGAACAUCUGCGCAAGGUGUGCCAGACUGCAAGGAGAUAACUUAGUGGAACAGGCGGAGGAUGUGUCGCUCAUGUCUCAGGGUCCUGAGAAAGCACUGCCUGACUCUGAUGCUUCAGUGCCUGGAGUGAAAACACAGAUGGAAGAUACUAAUGACUUUGAAAGUGCAUCUCAAGUAAUGGGACCUCAUCAACCGGCAUGGGACCUGGACAUCAUGUGCAUCAGAAAUGGAGGUUCCCCAAGCCAGAAACUCUUAAAAGAUUCCAUAGCGGCUAAAGAAUUACAGACCAUGGAAAAACACCUGGCUGACAUUGAAAAGGACUUAGCACUCUGGGAAGAAGCAAGGCUGUCAAGGAGCCCUAGUAGUCAACCUACUAAUUUAGUUACUUCAGAUCAUCAAGGAAACCGUCAAGCCACACCAAGCCAAAAUUCAAGGCCUCAAGUGCCAACUCAAUCUGGGAAAAAUGUUCAACUCCAGCUGCAAGGAAAUAAAUCACCACCACUGCCUAAUAACAGCAGAACCCAGGUCUGCAGUAUCUCAAACAGUAGGCCUCAGACUCCCAACAUGCAGACCAACAGGCAUCCAAUUCCAUCAACAGGAAACAGACCUGUGACUCCGAAUAGUUUGCUGUCACGACCUCUAACACCUAGCAACCAGGAAAAUAAGGAAGGAAUCAUUAGUAUGCAAAGAAGCAGGUCUUUAACAUCUAAGAGCCAAAUGGGGAGGACCCUCGGAACUCCUUCAGGGCUAGCUGUCCAAAUGAGUGGAGACAUUGUUGGAACUGUCACUCAGAGAAGCAGUAUAUCAGAAGAUGAAUUCUUACAACAACUUCAACUUGUCCACCAACCCUGGAUAUUGCCAAGUGACACAGAGAGUGAAGGAGUGGAAGCUGAUCAAGAUAAAUUUGGGAUCUGGUUACACUGCUGUUGCCAUGCUGUGACACAACGGGGAAAGACAGGACCUCAGUUGCCUGGGGACUGCACUUAUCUGUGCCCAACGUAUUUAUUUCAGAAGAAAAACACAAAAAUAAAAUUCAGUGAUAUUGCAGUUCUGAGUGGGCUGUAAACAUGCUUAAUUUACUUAAAUAUAAGUUAUUUCAUAACAUUUAUUAAAUGAUUCAUCUAAAAAACUUUAAUCUAAAAGCACAUUUUUCAAGAGAAGUACAUCAGGAUUAUUAUUCGUAUAAACUCUAAAAAGAAAUGGAACUAAAAUGUUCUACUAAUUUAUAUCAGCUUAAAUCACUAAUAGUUUGAAGGGUCAGCAAAUGUUGCUGAACUGUUCAUAAAAUGCAUCUAGUUUUCCAUCAAAUCUUAAUUAAAUCAACUGUUACCAAAACAGAGCAAACAGCGAGCCCUAUCUAAUUUUCCUGGUUCUUAUACUAUAACUAACAUGCUGGCAUCAGGAUAGGUUAGUGUCCUCACCCCAGUCAGAAAGAAUAUUGUAGUAUCAUAAUACAUUUUAUCUUAUCUUUAACUGUCACAUAUUCUUAAUUUUUCAUUAGUUUUUAUCAGUGUACCAAGAGAGUACAAAAUGCUAUUAAUUGAGAAUGGCAUCCUUGUACUCCUAAUUUACACUCACUUUACACAGGUGUAAAUAACUUCAUACUGUGCAAGACCAGGGAGAAUCUGGUGGGAAGUGCAGCAUUCUACACUGCCUAAAUCCUUAAACAGAUUUUGGCUCUGUGGCUAGGUGAUUGAUUCAACAUAGAAAACACGUUCCUACAGAAAUCAGGACAAAUGUAAAUACUUAAUAUGUUUCCAGAGUACAGAAAUGACCUGAAGGUGAACAGCUCAUGAAAAAUAACAUUUUUUUCCUGUGAUGCAUAAUACACUAUACCCUUAACACUUUAAAACCUCUUCCACAGCCAUAUAGUACACUCUACAAGCCUUAUAAUUAUACCAGCUCAAUGAUAUGAAAUCUCCUCUGAGCAUUCAAUGGAAUAGCUUAAAUUUAUGGGGGGGAAAAGUAUGGGUGUUGUAUGCUUACAUGUACAUAAACUUUAAAAAAGGUUUUUUUUAAAAACUGUUAACAACCUUUGCCUUAAGUCACAUACAUGUUAGUGGGCAGGUUCUUAGGGUUUAGGGGCUAGAUACUCUCGAACUAUAGUCUUUCUACCAAUUAUAUAUUGAUCGACCAUAAGGCCAUCAAUAAUUCUCUCAGUAUGCGGUACUAACAUAUGUAACACUUAGUAUGUAGAAAGCAUUUCAAGUACUGUAAGCAUUAAAAAGAUAAAUUGAAGAAAUGAUUAAUUAAAGCUUGAAUGGUGCUUUAUACAUUUAGGGCCACAUUGUGGUCUCAGAUUGUUUUUAUACUAGUGUGACCUCAGUGGCUUCAGAAUUACUCAUACUGGUUUAUUAUAGUAUAAAUCCAUAGAGCUAGAUUCAUAGCUAUUUAGUUGACAACACUUAACUUAUUACUUUUCUCUCUUCUAUUAGAAAAUCAAAGCAUCAAUGCUCAGAUUAUUUUUUCUAAUCAAGUCCCUUCUAAAACUCCUUUCUGACUGAGUAACCUGUUGCAUACUAACAAAGGUAUCUGCUGUUUGCUGAACAUGUAACAAUUCUGCAAGACAAGUAAUACAGGACUUGACAUAAUGGUCAUUCUAUUCCUAAACUUGCUAAAUGCUUGACCUUAAUGAUUCUUUUUUUUUUUUUUUUUUUUUUUUUUGGAGCUGCAAAUUCCACAAGAUAAAUAUGCAUUGUAGAUUGUAGAAAUCUACAAUUGUAGAUAGGAGAAAUGUAACUUCUCUCUUAUAUAUUUUUUCCAUUACAUUGAACACCAUGUAGGAAUCCCAAAUUCACCUUCUUUCUGCCAUUCCUUAUUUUACAUACAUUGUUCAUUAUUCUUAUUCUAGCUAUUUAAAUUUAUGUUCUUUAUUUUGUAUAUUGUACAUCAUGAACUUCUUUCUUCUAUGUAAACUGAGCAGCCCCAGUCUUUCCUGUCUCUCCUUAUAUGGAAGGGCUUCCAUGCCUCUACUAACUUUCAGCAUUCAGCUCUGGGCCCCAUCCAGAAAUGUUCUAUCCUCUUUGAGAUAGGAUGACAAGAAGUGACCAUGGAAUUGCAGGUAAGGUUAUAUCUUAAUGUAAUGACCUUUGAAUAACAUUGUCUUCUAUUCUUUAUAUACCUUAACAAUUCCUUACUUUUACCUCUUAUUGGGUUCAUCUACACAUGCAUUUGCUGCAGCACCAGUUUGCUUGUAAGUAAAUUUCUCAUGGGUAAAUGGUGCCGGGCAAGCAUCUACAUGUGCAGGGAAGUGGGAACAGAUUUGCUGUUAAUCUGCUCCCGCUUCCCAGGGCCCUACAGUGGGCCCUGUUGCCUCUAGCAGGUAGCUAAAGGCUCCAGCUGCAGCAGCCAGGCCUCUUCAAAAGGCAGCCCUGCUCUCUGGCUCUGGCCAGCCACAUCCCUGGCCAGAAGCAGCAUGCCCAGCACAGGGACAGCAUGUGGCAGUGCUCUCCUUGCUGCCUCUACCUCCCUACACCAUGGCUGCUCUGGCCCCUGCUCCUGGCAGAGAUGACCAGUGCUCUGGGCUCCUGCUGGCUGGCACACUAGCCCUGCUGGCCUACCAUGCUGACCGCCACCUGGACCACAGCCAUCUUGCCCCCCCUGGUUGCCCCACAUGCAGCAACUACUUGCCAGGCCACCACAUCAUCCCAUAUCUGUCACCUUAACCCCUUCUGCCUGACUGGACCCUGGCAGGGAUGCCAACAGUGGGCUCUGGGUUGCAACUGCUGAGGCUGCCGUCACCCUCCUGGGCCUCCAGUCCCACCACCUCUGGGCCCACCAGGCCAGCCAGGACUGAUGGCUGCACAUCAUCCAGCAUACCUGGAAUGAUGAGCAGUGGCUGGAGAUGUUCAAGAUGACCUGAGCCACCCUUCAGGAUCUCCUGGUGCAGCUCUGUCCACACCUGGAGCAGCAGAACACUGCUAUGCAACUGCCCCUCUCCACAGACACCUGGCUGGCUCUCACUCUCCUCAAGUUAGCCACGACUGCCAACCUGUGAUAUGUUGGUCACCUGUUGGACAUGGGCAAGGCCAAGGCAACCACUAGGAACACUGUCGUGGAAGUGUGCAGCUCUCUCCAGGACAUGCUGGGGGACACCAUGCUCCAUGUGCAUGACCCCUUGGCAGUGGUGGUGGGGUUCCAUGUCCUGGCAUUCCCCUAGUGUACUGGGGCCUUGGGAAGGGCCCACAUCCCCAUCACCUGCCCGCCCCAGGGGAUUUCACUCCGUGGUGCUCCAGGCCAUUGUGGACCACUGUCGGGCCUUCAUGCACAUGAGCAAUAGCUGGGUGGGUAGUGCCCACAAUGCCUGUGUCUUCAGGAACUCUGGCCUGUUGUCUCUAGUGGAUAGUGGGCACUUUUUGCUGGGGGUACCAGACCUGCAGCUGGGUGCCAUGGCCAUCCCACUGCUCCUUAUUGGGAACCCCAUCUACCCACUUCUGUCCUGGCUCAUGCAGCCCUAUACUAGCCACCUGGACCCCUGCUAGGCUCACUAACUCAUGCCUGGUUCGGACCCAUGCCCUAGUGGAGUGCACCUUUGAAUGCCUGAAGAAGCCUUUGUGCUGCAUAACAUCUGCAAGACCCAAGGGAAUCUCUUCCACGAGGCCUGGACAGAGGAGGCACAGUGUGCAGAAGACACUUGGCGUAGAAGCAUCAACUGCAGUGGCAGUGGCGGUGCCCCCCCCACCCAUUCCCAAAAGGCCUCAGGAAAGCUGCAUACCUGUCAGCAGGGGCCAGGGCACCAGGUAUGGGAGGCACUGGCCAACCACCUCCUCCAGCACUCCCCACUCUAGCCUUCCUGCACCACUGCCCACUGACCCUCCCACCCCCUCUGCUCACCCCCAGUACCAUGCUCACUGCAGACACAUCUCACAAGAACAAGUUUUUAUUUUCCUUACAUCAACCAGAGCCCCCUUCCCUCCCCAACAGAUCCUCCCUCCCCCUUCUCUCCCCAACAAACAGAGCCUAUCCACCACCCACCCCACCCACAAACAAUAAAAAAACUUUCUUCCCCAUGAAAACUGUGUACAGUGUCCUUUGUGGGCCAUCCCAGGGUGGGGAGUCAGGGGGGUGGAGACACCUAGAGGGUAGAGCCAAGGGACAGGCAGCCAGUACCCCAGCAUUUGGCUCUUCGCUCAUGGGUGCACAAAUAACAGCGAGUGUGGUGGGUGCAGGGCUUGCCCAAGGGCAACAGCCCCCAGUGCUCCCCUGGUGGGGGAGGCUUCUCCUCCAGCAGGUGGUGGCAGGGUCAGCAGGGCUGACAUGCAGUUCUGGUCCCACUGCAGGCAGCUCUGGCUUUGCACCUGCUUGGAGUGAAGGCAAGCGGCAGGCCUGGACCCAAGCAGGGGGGCUAGGUGGUGCCAGACCUGAGGCAGGGGCUGGGCUAUGGGAUCCUGGCUGCUGGGGGUGGUGCAGAAGAUCCUCCCAGGCCCAGGUGGGGGCCUGUUGCUGGGUGGUGGGUGGCUGCCAGGGGCAGGCAGGGCUAGGGUCAGGUGCCAGGCAGCGGGUGGCACAAAGGUGAGCUCCAGGGCCAGAAUGGUGUUCAGCAUCCAGCAGUCAUUGUCCAUGGCCUGCACUGCCAAGGCCAGGAUGGCAUUCUACUUCUGCAGUGCUUCCACCUGUUCAUGCUUCAGGACCAGGACCUAUGCCCAGAACUCCCUGUCCACCCAAUCCUGUGUGUGCUUGCAGGCAACAUCCUCUGCUCUGCCACCUGUCCUGACAGCCUACGUUUUCCACCUACCAGGCCCGAGCAUCCACCAGCUGGUGCUCUGACGCCAUGAGGAUCAUCUCCAGGUGAUCCAGGAGGAGGGUCAAGGUCCUUGUUGGGUAGAUCUAGCACUGCCACAGGGCCCUGGCUGUGGUCAGUGGUGACCCUGAGGCUGCAUCCCAGCUGCCAAGUGUAGCCUCUCCCCCGCAUGCAUCUGCAGGCCCUGUGGAGCAAUUCUUUAUGUAAGUUUGCAACAUUUCAGAGAUAUGAUGUUUUGUACCGGGGCUGUGCCCUGGACAGCCUCAGAUUGAGGGUCAGGAGUGCAUGGGUACUCAGAAAUCAUGGUAAAUUGGCUGGGCAAACCUGGGCCCAGGUGUCUGUUGACUGAGUCCUUUGUCCCUGCUUGUUCGCUUGGGGCUGGUGGGCUGCUGGGUGCUGGCCACAGACAGCCUGCCUCCCUGCCCCAUUCCCAGGCCAGGAGAGGGCAGGCUUCUGGCAGCACCUCUUGCCAUGGCUCUAGACUCUACUGCCCCCCUCCUCCUGCAGGCCAGUCUGUAUCCUCUGCUAUUGCCCAGCCUACAGCAGCUGGACUUGAGGGACAUGGGGCUCCCUGAUGACUGGGAUGAGGAGCUGCCCACAUCUCGACCCUCACUACAAGGGCCUCUCCAAGGAGGUGCCCCAAGGCCAACCCCCACCCCCAUAUCACUGCUGUGCCCCAAGAGUGCCCCUGAUGCAUGUCGUGGGUCCUAUACAAGAAGCUGUUUGCAUAAACUGAGGGGCGCCUGACCCACUACACCCUGCUGGUGCCCAGGACAAACUUGCACACCUGACAUAGAGCCCUGAGCUACAAUGGCAUGGGGAGCAAGCCCGGGCUGCCCUGCAACUUUUGCCACUGCCCUGAGGGCUAGCUGUGGUUGCACUACAUGACCUUGCCCCUUGCAGCUGAGGAGGACAUUGCUGCCAACUUCAACGUGUUCCUUGGUAUGUGAGAGACCUGUGCCCACCUACCUGCAGGGGCAUGGACAGCUCCAUAAAGUUUUGCACUGUCUCCCGCUUCCCUGCAGGCUGUGGGGGGAGAACCUAGGAGCCAAGGGUGUGGGAGGCUGGACAUAGAGGUGGGGCAGGGGCUGGGCCAGGGAGGAUCCUCUCCCUGGUGUAGGCCUUAUCAUGGCUGGGGCUGAAAUGGCUGGUGACUCUGCUCUGUCCUGGCUGUUGGUGAUGGCAUGUAGCUUCAGGUGGUAUCAUCAGAUGUUGGGGCACAGCAGGCAGGUGCCUGGCUGGGGACCUUGUCCAGGGAGGAGCUAGCACUGUUUGUGGCCAGUGGUGUCAUGGCUGGCCGUGCCUUGCAGGGACUGGGGCUGUGGAGCUGGCACAGCAGGCACUGGCCCAGACUCCCUGAGCUGCUGGUGGAAAAUACAGCUGGGGAGCUCAGUAGGAUGUGCUGCUGGAUGCCCAAGGGGCCCUCCCAAGGUGAUGUGUUGCUGCAGGUUCCAGCCCAGAGUGGGAGCUUGGGCAGGCUGCCCACGCUGUUGUAGACAACACAGCUGCAGCCUGGGUCCCAGGGCAUGUGGUUGCCCAUCAGUUGCUACAUAAAGGGUAUGGACUUAUGGGUAUUCCCCAGCCAACAACUGUGGUCGGUGAUGGAAACCUACUGUGUCCUCAAGGCCUUGACCUUUAUGUGGCACUACUGUGCUGACUGGUUGUGCCUAAACUGCUGUAUCCAGGCUGACAGCCACUCAUAGACAUGGGAAUUGGAGAGCCCACCCCUCUCACACUGGUGCUGCACCUUUGUUCACCCCACAGUGCCACAAGGUCACCAGUCUCCUCCUGCAACCAGUUGGGGCCCCAAGUGGCGGGCAUGGGCAUGGGUGCUAGUAAGGAGGAUGCCACUGGGGAUCCCAUGCCAGCUCUCUGGGCCUCCUUGUGGCUGUACCUGUGCUGAUGGUCCUGGGUAGCUGCCUGCAGCACCCAGCGCAGGGGCCCAGUGUGGAACUGGCAGCUGCAUGGCAGAGGCAAUGCCCCACAGCACUUGCAGGCUCAGGGCAGACUGCUGAGAGUUGGCUGCAGGCAGUUGGAGCUGGCCCCUGCAGCCAGAAGCUGCCUAUAUCUGGGCCUAGGGGGGCUGGUAGGUCUGGCUGAAGCUUGCAGCAACCUCCAGGCCUGGACAGCAUGGCCUGGCAGCUGUGAGUGCCAUAGAGGAAGCCCAGCCCUGGAGCAGAAGAGGCUCCUAGCCUGAAGCCCUGGGCCUAGCCUCUGGCUGACUCCCUAGUAACAGGGCUGAUGCUGGCUUGCAUCUACACGUGUGUUACUGUGCAUCUACACAUGCAUUACUGUGCAGUAACUAAUUGGGAGUAAAUCUGAUAUCUGUAUUUGCA